CCAGGUUGCAGCUCUGUUAGCAUACCACGAACCAGCUUCAGCGAGAGUGCAAAGUAUGAUGUGCAUGUGGUUGCACAGAAUGCUCUGGGAAUCUCUACCUCUGAUGUCUACGCCUUCUCAGUCAGAGAUGUAGUGAUACCUAACGCCCCCACUAUCAAAUGGGUCAACUUCACUCACAUGACAGGCUCCAGUUUUCUAAUGACCUGGAACAGCUUAGAGUCUUCUGAGCAUGUGAAGCACAGAAUUUGCCUUGGUGCGGAGCUGAUCUGGGAGGGAAAUGCCACCCAGAGUAGUGGCAGUGGAGGUAGUGUUGCAGUGGAGGGUCUGAAGUCGAGGACCAUGUACACAAUCGAGUUGAGGGUGUGCACCCAAGUCCCCAAGCCAAAGUGUAGCCUGUGGAGUGCACCCAUGGGCGCAGUUACCCCAGGGAUUGCACCAACACAAAAACCUGUUGCCUGGAGAACAGUUGGUCACACAGAGAGCCCUGGUGUUCAGAAUGUGACUGUGCUCUGGGAGUCCAUGGAAUCUGAGGAUUUCAAAACCCUGUACUAUGAGGUGUCUUACUGGCACCAUGGCCAGAGACUGGUACCCUGUUCAGUCAAUGUCUCAGAGGUGCGGCUUCAGCUACCAGCCGAAGUAAAGGAGGUCAACCUUAUUGUUGUCACAUCAGCAGGGAGCUCCCCUCCUGCCUCUCUGAGUCUAACUCACACAAAUAUCGCGGCUCCGGUAAUGAGAGUCUCCUCCCCAAAGGAGGACACUGUGCUUCUGUCCUGGCUUUGUCAGAUGAAACUUGGGGUUACAGGGUUUCCACUGGGAUAUGUCAUCCAGUGGCAAUGCAAGGACUCCCCGGUCCAAUGGAGAAGACUGUCCAGAGACUGUAACUCAACAUAUAUCAGAGGCUUGAAACCAGGUUGGAGAUAUGAUGUGCUGUUACAAGCUGAGACCACAAGAGGGCUCUCUAAACCUGCCUUUCUGCAGGUGUACUCAGCGGAGAGAAAGCCACUGUCUGGACCGAAGGCCUUUAUUCACAGCACUGGCUCAAAGCACAUUCAGGUCAUAUGGGAGGAGCCUACCCUUGAAGACCAGAGAGGGUUCAUCACCCACUAUACCAUCUACAUCCGCAAGCACGGAACUGGAUAUUUUAAACCAAUGUUUCAGGUUAACGCUUCAUCUCCAAGAGAGCAGUCGCUGGACACACUGGACACUGGCUUUGAGCUUUGUAUAUCGGCCUGGAAUGCUGCAGGAGAGGGACUUAAAGGGGUGCCUAUCUCCUAUCAGAGACUGCAAUCAGAUGGAAUGUUUGUCGGGAUUUGGGUGGUGGCCGCUGUCUCCUUGGUGCUUGUAGCAAACCUGAUAUGCUUGAAAUGUGCUCGUACAAGAAUUAGAGCAGCGUGUGUAACAGUUGGACCAGCAUGGCUUUUUGAGACAUUUCCAAAGGUCGGAAAUAGCAAUGCCAUCAAAUUAUUGAAGGACGAGAGGUGCGGCUCAGACUCGCUCUGGAUGUCAGUAUGCAGUGACAGCGACCCGCCCAUCUCCCCUGUGGAGGACAUCGCAGAGCCCAUCGCCCAAACGUUCCUCUUCCCCUCCGUCCACGACAAAGAGAAAGCCAAGGAGGUCCGAGUGGCCAGACCGGAGAUUGUGGAUCCUUACAAACCACAGUGGGCAGACUCGUGUCAAGUCAGCUCCACCCAUCUAUCUGAAACCCCUGAGGUGGCGCCCGAGGAGGACACAGAGGAAGAGUGCCCCCUGUGGGCAUGUCUCCCACAGCCUUCCUAUGGGAAGGAUAUUGGCCUUGGUGAUGUGACCUUAGGAGGCUUCAAGGGCAUAGGGGUCACAGGGAAUCUUCUUUGUCCCCCUUUGCUUGACCCCAAGCAGACUGAGUGGCACACAAAUAUGAGUGCUGGCAUGAGGGACAUGAGUGGUUUCUCACUGGCCUUGCUGACUGAGGAGCAGACUGUAUUGCCUAAUGACCUGCUAACUACUCGGUCACCACAGAUAAACCCCUACUCACCUCAGGGAUGUUGGCUUAAAGUUGCACAUAAUACCUAAUGGAGACUUUUGGAUUCCAACAACUACAGAGACCUCCUCACAGGAAGAUGUACUCUGCUGUGAGGGCACUUUGGACUGUGAAUGUACACAACUGGGAAAGCAAUUUGAAUUGCUGUCAUUAAGCAUUAUAUCAGACUUUAACUUUUGAAUUGGACUGGAUGGACCAAUGCCACUUGAACUCUUUAAGACAUUAUGUAUCUGAUAGCCAAAUGCACUUAACACUUUCCAUAUCUGCUGCAUGUAACUGGAAACAUUAAAAAUCUUAUGAGCUGUAAGCACCCUGAGCUUAUAGUGUAUAUUGAGACUGUAAUCAUCAACCUAACUCUCUUUUGGUUUAUAUUCUGACACAUCUCACCUCUGUAUUGUAAAACCGUAAUGCACAUUUUCUAACAGAUGCAUCUACCGUUUCUGCAGAAAUACUGAUGCCAAACAAUCUACAUUAUCCAUAUAGGCCUAUUUAGUGAAAUACUAUGGAGAAUGUAACAGCUUAAACUGCCAUGAAAAGAUACUCACAUCAUAACUGUGAAUGUAACUGCCAGUGGUAACAUCCCCUCCUACUGUACCUGGAAAGUACAAUGUGCUCACACUGAGGAAAGUGAAAUCAAUGACCAUGUGGGGAGUUCAAAAGUUUUGAAACAGGGUUCACUUCAAUGCAUGUUACACAAUUCAUUGCACAAUUCAUAUUUAGACAACAAACCUUUUUCAUCUUCAAUCAAGUUGCGUUGGCAAUGGUCUGGCAGAGCAUUCACUGGGCCCUCCCUCUGAAAAUCACUUUAUUCCUUUAAAUUUACAUAAAUUGUAAAUGUAUAUCAUAUGUAAUUACUCCUUUAGAUGUACAUCAGUUAUGCUGUAAAUCACAUUAUCUGUGCCAUAACCUAAGACAUUCCCUGUGCUAUCUAGAUAAUUUGAUGGUUGUGCAAUGUGUAUGUUUAUGUUUAUUUCCCCUCUGUUUGACUUCAAGGCCACAGAGUUUACCUACAUCUGCACGACAGCAUGGCAGUUAAGUUACUUCCUGAAGUUCUGAUUCUCACAUCCUUCACGGCACUUUCAGAGUGCAUAUUUGCCUCUUUACUGAUUUAGAUUCUUGCACUCCCUUCUGUUGCUUCUUGGUUUGCACAUCAUGCAGUGCCUGCUGCUACGUCUUAGUUUAGCUUUGCUGUUGGAUGCUAGUUUCUGCCUGAUUCAUUCAACUGUUGUUAAGGAAUGUCACAUAGGAAUGCACACAAAAAGUAAACAUUUCAACAUUUCACUAUACAUAAGAAAAAAGUGUUUAUUUGGCUGGCAUGAGAGUGUUCGUGUGAAUUACCACUAGGCUAAGACAUGCUCUUGAGCCGGAGGGAGAGGCGUUUCCAGGAAUAGUCACCAAAAGAGAAGUGUGAUAUUGAGCUCACAAACUGUAUUUCAAUGGCAACUGAUGACCACAAAGCAUUUGCGCUUAUGAGGCUUGUAAUUGGGAUGUUGUAUGUGUUUAUUGUUCUAUUAAAGUACCGUCUGGAUGGCUCAUUUAAGCUCUCUUGUGUUGUUGUGAAUGUAAGCAAAAUAGGAAAUAAUUCCCACAAAAGAUUUACAGCAAGCAACAUUUGCCCCCUAAAUAGACAUUCAGAGGCUCAAAGCAGCACUGUGUUAGCCAAAAAACGAUCAAGCUUGCUACCUAAGGCAUGCAAAACCUUGCAAACUUCAUCUAGAGCCUUUGUUUACAAUGUUAGAAGCUGAACACUGUAACUGGUGUUGUGCUGAUUUAGUCAGCAAUGUCUUCAGUGUUUCCCACAUAAUUGGAUGCAAUUUGUGG